CAACAGCCACGACAUGCCGCCAGUACCUCCAAACACUGCACAACACUCAGCAAUACCAUCGCAGCCCCAGACACCAAGCACACACUGUUCUUCAGAAGAGGAUGAAUCCGAGGCACCCGUUGAGAUUCGCGUCAAAGGCGUGCUUGCAGAUUCCUCGAAGCCGUACUCCACUGACCACACACGCGCCGCAACUCCUAUUGGCUACUUUCUCGCGCCUCCUCGAAGCAAUAGCCUUCCAGCAUCGCCUAGCAUUCCACGUCAGCUUUCCAACCUACCAUUUGAGGAAUUACAAUUUCUAUCGCACCGCGACUCGGUAGAAAUUGCUCGUGGUCAAAUGAGACGAGAGCUGCUUGACCGACAGCAUCGAGAGCGACCAAACAGUUUACUACUGGCCACCAGAGACUCAUACGGUUUGACCAAGAACAAGUUUGACACCAUCCACCCUGCCACAGCCGCGCCAGAAGUGCAUGGUUAUUUGACACCCACAAUCCCCAGCAUUCAGUGGACUCGUUUUGGUGGCUUGAGUCCCAUUGCUGACGGCAGUCCACCGAAUGAAGGCAUAUGGCGUUUGGGAAAGCAGAACGGAACAAGUCCAUUGGGCAGCAGUCCUCGGCUGAGCCCUAGGUCUCGCGUGGGGUCUCCAGCAGGGAGUGAUCAGGUGUCGGGGUCUGGCCCCUUGCAGGAGCGUGUGGAGCAUUUGGAGGAGCGGAUGAGGAUUCUCGAAGAUCGUUUGAUUUCUGUUGAAGAAGGGCGACGACUGUCUAAUGGGGAUGGUGGAGAAGCCUGGUAAUCUGAGGUGGUCGAGGCCAGAUCUCAUAGCCUAAGGUAGAUGUCAUGU